AUGGCGGAGAACAAGCGCCAGACCACUACAGCAAAGGGGUCACUGAAUGCCAGCAGUGCCUCCACUGCAAGUGGCACUGCGACAAAUAUGGUUCCUCUAGAGGCCGCUUUGAGCGGCGCAAUCGGCGCUCGUGUUCGCCUUACAACAUCUGCGACCCCGGCAUCGACCUUCGAGGGUGUUCUCUUUACAGCGUGCCCCAUUACCAACCUUGUAGCCAUCAACACCUCCCCCGCCGCGUCCACCGCCGAUGCGAAGCUGGCCUCAAGCGGAGACUACCACGUCAUCCCAGUCUCUCGAAUUCAGAACUUCCAAUUGCUUGCAGCCCCUUCCAACUCCUCCGAUGGGCCUUCCUUUGCGGAUGCGAUCCCCUCGAUUCAAGCGCUUGAUUUACGUUCGCUGAGGACGCGAGAAGCCAAGGCAGUCGGCGAGGCGAUGGACCGCGAAGCUCGUCGUGGAAAGGGCGUAACUCGUGAAGCGCAAGACAUCUUUGAUGCAUUCAGCCGGACUAUGCCGGCUCACUGGAACGGUCCGAAUAUUGUGGUGGCGGACUCAGUCAGCAUUGCGCCGCCAUACCGGGUCGAGGACUGCCGUCCUCUUGUCGCAGGUAACGACGCUGCAUUGAUGCGAGUACAAAAAGUGUUGGAGAUGGAGCGCAAGAAAAUCGAGUUCCGCAACGCCAGCGCAACUAUUGGGUCCACCAGUACCUUUACUCGCAAUGAGCGCAAAGGUGGUUAG